UUACUAUUUGCACCCGACAGUUGAAGGCGGCGAUGGCCGACGCAGGUGGGCCGUGGCGGCUCAUGUCGUCGCUGCGGAAGCGCAAGUUCUUUGAAGAAGCUAACAAGUUGUACCCGCUGCGUCCACCGAACGGCCAGCCCAAGACGGACCUUUUUGACUUUCUGUUGGCCACCUUGGGGCGGCCCCACAACGACACGAGCUUCGGCUGCAUGCUCGACCCACCCGACGACUUUGUCGCCGAGACACGCCCCGAGACAGAAGCCACGCCACGGCCAGUGGUACUGCACAACUCGGACAUGGUGCCAGAGACGCGCUGCUCCGACGAGCCGGCGGCGGUCGUCGCCGACGAUAGCAUCGUGCCCGAGACCCGCUUUUCCGAUGACGGCGGACGAAACCACGACAACGAGAUUGUGCCCGAGACGGUCGACGUCGCGCCGACCAUACGCGAGAGCAUCGGUGGCGCUGAUGCGCUGCACGAGUCGAUCUCGUCGUCGUCGUCGUACGCCGCGUCCGUGACCUUUGGCGGUCCCAACGACAUGAGCUUGAACUCGAGCUCGCAUAGCUGCGCGACGCUCGACGACAGCUUUGCGGCGUUUCCAUCCGCGCACCUGCCGCCGCCGACGCCGCCGACCGAGACGCUGCGAUCCCCGACACCGCUCACGCAAGCCGUCGCGACGUUGCCGCUGGUCGACUACUUUGACACGGACCACUACACGGAGCUCGUGCCGUGCUACGUGCUCUACGCGGUGCACUGCAACCUUCACGACGCACAUUUGUCGCACCCGCAUUUGCUCUUCUGCGCGCUGGACCAGUUUCUCGCCUCGCAAGAGCUUAUGCACGGCUACAUUAGGCGGGCCAGCGAGAUUGCGCGCGUUGUCUUUGCAUCCCGCUGGGCGAGGCGACUCGAUGCGUUCACCAAGGACAUUGACAUCCGCGACUACACGGAGCGCGGGCGGUCCUUGCCGGGUGUGUGUGCCCCGGUGUGGCACAUCAUUGCCGCGCAUUGGCGCCAUUACAAGGCCCACGUGCUCCACUCGGACGAGUUUUACCUCGGCGACACCACCACAAUGCGGGCGGACCCCGGGGCCCACUGCCGGCACGUCACAUCCGGAUACUUUGCCGUCGACGGCCAUCUCCGCGACGAGGCCACACGGCGCAGUGUCUAUGGCGGCAGCGACGUCGGCGCGUACUACAUGACGCUAAUGCCCCGGGAUGCCAGCAACCGGCGGCGCGACACGGACGACCUGCCGCAGCGCAUGUACCUGCCGCAAGAGAGCUUGAGCUUUGCGUUCAAGCAGCUCGAAGCCAACUUGCGCGUGACCGACCCGCACGUGGCCAUGUACCCCAUGGGCACGUUUGCCCGCGGUGGGCUCUACGGCUCGGUCCUCGACGUCUUGGUGCUGCCGACGCCGGCGCGCCCGAGCAUCCACGACGUCGUCGCAGCGCUCGAGGCGGCUCACGUCGUCGAGCCCGGCGCCGUUCGGUCGGUAUCGGCGCACCGUCUCAUUGCGCCGAUUCGGUUCAAGCACAUUCGACUGCUCCUCGACUUGAAGAUGUACCCGCCGCCGAUGGCGUACGCUGCGAUGAUCUACUUUACGGGCCCGCAAGCGUUCGCUCAGCACGCGUUCUGCUCCGUCUUGGCAGCGUGCGGCGACGACACGCGCUUCGAGACUGUCUACGAGACGCUGCAGACGAUGCACGGGCCCGCGCGCCUCGCCCAAGUCCUCGACGAGCAAGACAUGAUGGUGCUUCUCGGCCACGCCGUGUACCAGCCGCCAUUGCAUCGCUUUUAG